AUGCAGGAGACCCAGAUUCAAUUCCCUGGGUCAGGAAGAUCCCCUGGAGAAGGGAAUGGCAACCCACUCCAGUAUUCUUGCCUGGAGAAUUCCACGGACAGAGGAACCUGGCGGGUUACAGUCCAUGGGGUCGUAAAAGAGUCAGACACGACUUGGCAACUAACAGUUUCUCUUUCACUUGGAGCCCUAGUUGGGAAAAGGAGGGGAGCCUGUAAAGUCUCCUGGAGGGAGCUAAGCAAGCCUCUUUCAUCUUCCCUUCCCCUGCUCUUUCUCCCGUCCUACCUCCCAAGAGUAUGUAAAACUCCUAAGAGACCUUAA